GUACUGGUACUGGGCAUAGAAAAUCAGUCUUCUUCCAGACUUCCAGUCCACGAGUCCAUCACUACUCUCUGCCGCUAGCUCUCCCACAUUCCUGCCAGUCCUUGUCUCCUUGAAUCCUCGAUCAUCCUCCUUCAGUCCUCCGAUCGACGACCCGCCAUCCGUCUUCGCUCUGUGGGCCUGUGGCUCUGUCCGCUGUCGCAGACUCGCAGUGACGCGGCGUUCCAGACUUGCAGAGUUGCAGUCGGCAAUCGCGAAUUGCUCCCGGCUCCUUCACGGCACCGUACCGGCGGUGCACGACCUCCAGCAUUCCAUCCCUCCACGGCUCCAGCACUCCAUUUCGGGUUAGUGGUUAGCCUCUUCAAUUCUUCAUUCAGAAAUUAGAUGUUUAGAACCUAAAGUCUGUAAACCUAAUCUGAAAUCCGUAGAUACCCUUUCCAAACCCCAAUCCCCAUUGCUUCCUGAUGCCUAAUUUGCCUUUCUAAUAUAGUAUUAUACAUUUAUACCUCAAAUGUGCUUGAAUGUCUCAACUCUCAACUGUAAAUCAGUAAAUGUCAACUGUGACAGUAUACUUUUGUUGAAUGUUUGGUUAAAUUUACUGGUGUCUUUAUAUUUGGUGCAAGAUUAUUGUGAUUAUUUUAAUUUUAAUUAAGAAAUUGCUCGAAAUAUGAGUAAAACAUAGACAGUCAAUGCACUUUGCCUAUGUUUUACUCUUACUAAAGGAAUUUUAUCAUUUUAAUUUUACUUUAGUUUUGAACACCCAACAUAAGGGCUAGACAUGCCACUGAUACGGCUUCAAGUACCAGACUACCAGUAGUAUUAGUACCUUGAAAGUGAGUUCAAACAGAAGCUAUGCCCUUAAAUACAUGAAAAGUAGGUUAUGUUUCUCGUUUGAAUGUGAUAAGCAUAGUCCAACACAUUGUUUUGAGAUAUACACGUAUGAAGGGUUAUUUGGAAAUUCAGAUUAUUGCACAUGGAUAAACUAAAUGAAUAAUUUCUCAGGUUGGGCAUUAUUAAUACAAACUACUUAUUGAUGCCUUGUAGCAGUCAAAUAUGGAUGCCAUCAUGCUAUAUAUUUGUCUAGUGCAAUUUCAGUUCCAAUUCUCACGAUGUUGCAGCUUUUGCAGUCAUCCUUAAUGGUGUUUUUAAUGUAACAGGCAAUCACUGUGUUUUUUCUGUAAUGUCUGAAAUAGUAAACUACUCACAAACUAUGUUUUGUUUCCUGCCUUUUCAUCCACUGCUAUUUGAUGAUUAUAUGUGCAGUUUGAAGUACCUAAAUGCUGCUGGCAAGAGUAUUCAGCCUCAAAUAUAUGGUGUGCUUAAAUAGUUCUAUUGGAUGAAUCCCACAUUAAGAAAAUAUUUAUCACACCUCACUCUGAUUAGGUGUUACUCUUCAGUGCUCCGUGCGACUCCAAGUACCAGUAGUAGUAGUGCCUUGAAAGUGAGUUCAAACAGAAGCUAUGUCCUUACGUACAUGGCAAGUAGGUUAUGUUUCUCGUAUGAAUAUAGUAAGCAUAGUCAAACCCAUUGUUUUGGGAAUUUAGCUACUGAUAUAAAACCAGAAAAAUUAUGUUGGCAAGGAUCCUCCCAUGAUGUUUUACUGACAAACCUUAAAGUCGCUUUAAUGCAUCACAAUAUUGAUGAGGCUUGGGAUACUUACAAAGAUUUCAAGCGCCUAUAUGGUUUCCCUGACCACUCUCUUGUGACCAGGUUGGUAACUGAGUUGGCUUAUUCGUCUGAUUCCUAUUGGCUUAAGAAGGCAUGCAAUUUGGUCAUUUCUAUUCGGAAGGAUAAUUUUGGGUUACUUCGGCCGGACUUAUUGACUAAGCUCUCCCUUUCACUGGCAAGAGCCCAAAUGCCUAUUCGGGCGUCAACAGUUCUUAGACUGAUUCUCCUGAAAAAGAGAUUACCGCCAUCUCAUAUUUUACAAAUGAUAUUUCUUCAUUUAGUGAAAACAGAGAACGGAAUGAUCCUUGCUUCAAAUACCUUGAUUGAGAUCUGUGACGUGUUUCAACAAUCCACCAUAAACAAGUCUACCACUUAUGGGAAAUUCUGCACAAAACCCGACACUAUGAUUUUCAACCUUGUUCUUGAUGCUUGUGUGAGGUUUGGGUCAUCUAUCAAAGGCCAAUGUAUCAUUGAGCUGAUGGCCCAAGUUGCAGUUACAGCUGAUGUUCAAACCAUCAGAUGCAUUUCUCUAAUUCAUGAGAUGAAUGGUACACGAGAUGAACUUAUGAAAUUUAAAGAGCAUAUUGAUCGGUUUCCGCUUGGUAAUCUGAUGUGUCACUAUCGACAGUUCUAUGAAAGCCUAUUGAGCUUGCAUUUCAAGUUUGAUGAUAUCGAUUCCGCUUCUGAACUUAUACUGGAUAUGUAUGUAUCUGGCCAUGCCCCGUAUGACAGGAAGGAACCUGUUAAACCUUGCCUGAUCCCACUAGGAGGAUCACACCAUCUUAAGAAGGGGUUAACACUACGUGUUGUGCCUUACUUACUACAGAAGGACACCAUUCUUGACAAUAUGGGACCCAAUCACAGGUUUGUCACAUGUAAUAAAGAAGGGGGAGUUCUUCUCACCAAGAAGGCCCUUGCCAAGCUCAUGCUACAGUACAAGAAGUGUGGGAGAAUAACUGACUUUUCAAAGCUUCUAUGUAGGAUCAACAAGGCCCUACCACCAAGUUCCACUAGAAACAUACUUGAUGAUGUGGUUGAUGCAUGUGUGUGCCUUGGAUGGCUUGAAACUGCCCAUGACAUUCUGGAUGACUUAGAUUUGGAAGGAAAUCGACUGGCCAAAAGUUCUUACAUGUCUCUUUUGUCAGCCUAUCACCACCUAAAGAUGUUUAGGGAAGCUGAAUUGGUCCUAAAACUUCUUCAUAAAGCAGAUGAUAGAGGAAUAUGUGAUUUACAAAAACAAACUUGUUCAGGGAAAUCAGAUGUGAAUAAUCUUAUUGCCCGGGAUAUGAGAGAACAGGAGAAAGAAGCGAUAACUUCUCCUGUGGUGUAUAAAUUCAAUUCCUCUAUCUAUUUCUUCAUGAAGGCACAAAUGCUAGGUGAUGCCAAAACGGCAUACAGAAAAAUGAAAAAUAUGAAGAUCCAACCAAACGUUGCAACUUACGUCAAUCUAAUUCACGGUUAUUCUUCUGUGGGGAUGUAUCGUGAAAUUACAUAUUUAUGGGGGGAUAUUAGGAGGAGCAUAGAGAAUGGUGUGGCCUUGAAAAACUGCGGUUUAUAUGAGAUGUUAUUGUUGAGCUUUCUUCGGGGUGGUUAUUUUGAGAGGGUGAUGGAGGUAAUUGACCUUAUGAAGGAAAGCAAUAUGUACCUAGACAAGUGGAUGUUUAAAUAUGAAUUCCUGAAGUAUCACAGGGGUCUUUAUCAUCGCAUGAAGGUGUUUGAUGCGAAAAAUGAGGUGCAGAAAAAGAGGAUUGAGUAUGUUAAGGAAUUUAAGAAGUGGGCCGGCUUGGAUUGCUAGUUACAGACACACACUUUCGUAAAACAGUGUAAUUCCAAUUUUACCCUUAUUAUAAUGUUGUCUCAGUUUUGAUUCGUAUUAAUGCCGUCUCAAUUCUAAUUCAUAUUAACGCCAUCUCAGUUUUUUUGGAACAUGUACUCAUAGCUUCAUGCAUAUGCACACAUCCACCACGCACCACCGCACCACUGCACAUGUCUGAACUCUAAAGUUUCCAGAAUGAGAGUGAAUAGAAGAAGCAAGAUCCAUAACUCAUUUCUUCCUUCAGCCAGCAAAUCGAAAGGACACACCAGAUGAGAGAGAUGAUUCCAUGGAUAUAUCCACAGUCAGCAAGUCUUUGCAACCACCCACAGGGCACAAGUAAGGAGCACUGAAUUCCAUUGAUACUUCCAUUCGUUUCGAGUUCGACGCUCCAUCUCAGCAUCCCAUGUUUCUUAAGGCUCGUUCAACAUGCCAUGUAUGGUAGUGGUAAGUAUUACUCAUUUACUUCGCUCCAUCCUAACUUUGCUUUUACUUCCAGUCUUUUCAAAUGUUUGGAAGAAAAUUUGAUCUGGUUUCAAAUAUCCAUAUACAAACUGAAAUUGGUAGAUACUGUAAUUGUAUCAAACUUUAGACUGUUGAAAUCCCAAAUCUGAAACACUAUUUACCUAUCUUUACAAGUUCUGUUUUUAAAACGAGUAGACAAGUCUUAUUUCCAUGUUAAGGAUUAUUAUUUGAGUUGUAAUUUCCAUAUAUUAUUUGGAUAAUUAUUAUGAUAAGUGGUGAAUGUGGUGCGACUUUAUUUUGAUGAAGGUCAAUUCUGGUGGAUGGAGGUUAAUAUAGGCUUUAUUUUAAGACGAUUUGUAUGUGUGUUGUGCGUUUAUUUAUUUUAUAUUUUUAAUUUCCAGACCAGUAGCUAUUGUAGCUCUCUUGGUUCUUAUCCCUGUUAAUAUUGCAGAUGGAACUCUAUUCUUCCUCCUUAAGGACCUGGUGGUUACUGAGAUUGAAAAUUUGUCCAUAUCCAACAUGAGACUCAAAUCUAUGCAGCAAGUCUUAUUUCCUAAUGAUAAUCAGAUUUAUUUGGUUUUUUCACUAUGCUUCAAUCGAGUCUAUUCCCUAAAAAUCCAUUUUGUUGUAAUCAAUUUUGUGAUGUAGUAGUAAAUACAAGUUUUUCCUAAUAUGUACUGUCAAAGGAGUGAUGUAGUAAAGUAGUACUCGUAGUAUAUUCCAUGAUAAAAUACACAUAUUAGUAGUAUAUUCAAUGGUUUAACUAAACUGUAAUUUUUUUCCUUUUUAGGCUUAAUGUAAGCUGUAUGGUGUAGAGUGUUGGGCGUUGAAACAAUGUCACAUUCAAAAGAUGAGUGUGGCAGAGAUGCGCAUGCUGCGUUGGAUGUGUGGGAAUACUAGAAAGGACCGCGUGAGGAAUGAGACAAUCAGACAAAGGGUAGGAGUAGCACCUAUUGAAGACAAGAUGCGGGAGUCGCGCCUACGGUGGUUUGGUCAUGUGCGUAGAAGACCGAGUGAUGCACCUGUUAGGCGAGUUGAGAUGUGUGGAGAAGAGGCAGAGAAGAGAGGGAGAGGAAGACCCAAACAGACGUGGGUUAGGGGAGUUCGAAGUGAUAUGCUUCUUCUGGGGUUGGAUGUAGGCAUGACUUUGGAGAGAACUAAGUGGAGGGCGGGUAUUCACGUGAAGGAGUGAUCUUGAUAAUCUUUUUCCCUCAUCUCUUUUUUUUCCCUAGUUUUUUUAUCCUUAUAUAUAUAAGCAUUAUUUGCAGCCUUUUUAUUUUAUCAUUUUUAUAUAUAUUCAUCUUUUUUUUAUAUUAUCUUUUCAUAAUAGCUUAUCUUUUUAUCUUUAUUCCUUCUUUUCCUUUUGAUUGUGAUAUCAUGUAUCGAUUCAUGUUAGCUGACCCCAAUAUCUUUUGGGACUAAGGCUUGAAUGUUGUUGUUGUAGACUUAAUGUAAGCUGUAUAGGUUUACUUGGUCUGGCACAAAAAGCAUACCC